UGGCGGAGCCGGGGGCUGCGGCUGCGUCUGGGCGAGCGGGGAGCGGCCGGGAUGGACGUGUUUUUGAUGAUCCGGCGCCACAAGACAACCAUCUUCACCGACGCCAAGGAGUCCAGCACCGUGUACGAGCUGAAGCGCAUCGUGGAGGGCAUCCUCAAGCGGCCCCCCGAGGAGCAGCGGCUCUACAAGGAUGACCAGCUGCUAGACGACAGCAAGACCCUGGGAGAUUGCGGCUUCACCAGCCAGACGGCACGGCCCCAGGCCCCGGCCACGGUGGGCCUGGCUUUCCGAGCCGGGGAUGACUCCUUCGAGGCUCUCCGCAUCGACCCCUUCUCCAGCCCCCCGGAGCUCCCCGAUGUCAUGAAACCCCAAGACUCCAGCAGCAGCGCGAACGAACAGGCCGUGCAGUGAGAUCUGGGGGAGGGCGC